AUCCACUCGCUCGCUUUCACAGUCCAGCCACAUUCGUUGUUGCUCAUCAAAAACCAAAAAAAUACCAAAACAUUAGCCCUUAAUAAUUCCCCCGGAAUCCAAUCUAAUACCGUCAAAAUGAAGGCCGCCACCGUUCUCGCUGUUACCUUUGCCGCUCUGGCCCAGGCUCAGACCCGCGCUGAUAUCCCCUCUUGCGCUCUGCCCUGCCUCGACGCUGCCGUCACGGCCAACACCAAGUGCUCUACCACCGACUACGCCUGUAUCUGCAAGGACUUCAGCGCUGUCCAGACCUCUGCCACCUCUUGCGUCAUCGAGAAGUGCGGUGCUGAUGUUGCCCUGAACAAGGUCCUCCCCGCCACUCAGGCUCUCUGCAAGGCCCAGUCUGGCUCUGGCUCCUCUGCUGCUGCCAGCUCCAGCGCCGCUGCCACCAGCGCUGCCGCUACCUCUGCUCCCGCCAGCUCUGCCCCUGCCAGCUCCGCCCCUGCCAGCUCUGCUCCCGCCACCUCUGCUGCCCAGACCUCUGCUGCUGCUACCACCUCUGCCGCUGGCACCACCAUCGUCACCAGCAGCACUCCUGCUGGCACCGGUGCUCCCCCUGCUGGCAACCGAACCACCACCGGCCCCACUCACGCUCCCACCAACGCCGGCCCUGUUGUCCUGCCCGGCCUUGCCAUGCUCGCUCUCGGUGCCCUUGCCCUGUAAGGGACUUGAAUACUCACGGAUACCCAAAGGCGAGAUUUCAAGAUUGGAGACGAUGUAUGGGAUGGGAGGAAUUAGGAUGGAAGGAAUUUGGAACAGUUUUUAGUGUGCUGGGG